GUGGGUCCACGUGGGUGAGGAGAUGGCGGCGGUGGAGGCGAUGGCGCGGCUCCUGAUCCAGUUCCGCGAUGAGUCCGGCCAGGCCCUGGGCUCGCCCUUCGACGUCCCCGCAGACAUCACCCCACAGAAGCUCCAGCUCGUCUGCCACGCCCUCCUCCAACAGGAGGAUCCGCUGCCCUUGGCCUUCUUUGUGGGCGACUCCGAAAUCGUCGCCUCCUUGGAGAAGACGCUGUGCGGCCAGGCCGUGGAGACGGAGCGCGUGCUGGACGUGGUCUACCAGCCGCAGGCCGUGUUCCGGGUCCGGGCCGUCACGCGCUGCACCAGCUCCUUGGAGGGACACAGCGAGGCCGUCAUCGCCGUCGCCUUCAGCCCCACCGGCAAAUACCUUGCCAGCGGCUCUGGUGACACCACCGUGCGCUUCUGGGACCUCAACACUGAGACGCCGCACUUCACAGCUAAAGGCCACCGCCAUUGGGUCUUGAGCAUCGCUUGGUCUCCCGAUGGAAGGAAGCUGGCGUCCGGUUGCAAGAACGGCCAGAUCUUCCUGUGGGACCCGCAGACGGGGGCGCAGCUGGGCCGGGCGCUGGCGGGGCACGCCAAGUGGAUCACCUCGCUCUGCUGGGAGCCCUUGCACCGGAACCCCGAGUGCCGGCUCCUGGCCAGCGGCUCCAAGGACGGGAGCGUGCGCGUGUGGGACACGGUGGCCGGGCGCUGCGAGCGGAUCCUGACGGGGCACACGCAGUCCGUGACGGGCGUCAAGUGGGGAGGGGAGGGGCUGCUCUACUCCUCCUCCCAGGACCGCACCAUCAAGGCCUGGAGGCCCCACGACGGCGUUUUGUGCCGCACUUUGCAGGGCCACGCGCACUGGGUGAACGCCAUGGCGCUCAGCACGGACUACGUUCUGCGGACGGGGGCCUUUGAGCCGGCCGAGGCCUCCGUCAACCCCCAGGACGUCCAAGGAUCCCUGGCGGAAAUCCAGGAGAAAGCCUUGCGGAGAUACAACCAAGUCCGGGGCCAGGGUCCCGAGCGGCUGGUCUCCGGCUCGGACGACUUCACGCUCUUCCUGUGGUCGCCGGCCGAGGACAAGAAGCCGCUGGCGAGGAUGACCGGCCACCAAGCGCUCGUCAACCAGGUCGUCUUUUCGCCCGACACCCGCCUCGUGGCCAGCGCCUCCUUCGACAAGUCCGUCAAGCUGUGGGACGGCAAGACCGGGAAGUACCUGGCCGCCCUGCGAGGCCACGUCUCCGCCGUGUACCAAAUCGCGUGGUCCGCCGACAGCCGCUUGCUGGUGAGCGGGAGCAGCGACAGCACCCUCAAAGUGUGGGACGCCAAGACGCGGAAGCUGGCCGUCGAUUUGCCGGGACACGCGGACGAGGUGUAUGCGGUGGACUGGAGUCCCGACGGCCAGCGCGUGGCAAGCGGAGGGAAGGAUAAAUGUCUCCGGAUAUGGCGGAGAUAGCGGUGUGGGCGGGAGCCGUUCUGCUCUGCCGUUCGUUCGUCCAUCCAGCCCGGAUGCGGCCUUGUCGUCCCAGAAUUCACGGCUUGAGAAACGCGGACGCUCCCCUCUCUUGCUCAG